AUGCCUUCCCGGAAACCACAUCUGAAGAGCAGGAACGGGUGCCAGCAAUGCAAAAGCCGUAAGAUCAAGUGUGACGAGAAGGUCCCUCUUUGUGGCCCUUGUCACAAACAUCGGGUCCCCUGCUCUUUCGAGGGACUCACCCCGCCAUCCGCAACCCCACCAGCUCGUCCCGCUUUUCACCCUCCAGAUCUCCAAUAUGCCCCUCCACUCUCGCCAACCAGCAUGCUAGAUCUAGAACUUCUCCAUAACUUCACCUCCCGCACAUACUGUACCGUUUCAGCCUCUCUAGUCCUAUCUCCAGCCCAAAAAGAAUUCCACCGCACAGGAUUCGUCGAAGCGGCUUUUGGAUACGACUACUUCACCCACGCCCUCCUCGCCGUAUCAGUAUUCCACCUCAUCUUCCUCAUCCAGCGGAAUCAAAUCCCCAACCACAAAGGGAUAGAAACCUACCUCAUAGCAGCACACACGCAUCAUAAUACCGCCCUCCGCUCCUUCCGUUCCACUCUCUACAACGUCACGCCCGAAAACUGCUCUGCGGUCUUCGGGUGCGCUAUCCUAAUCACCCUAAUGUCCUUCGCUCAACCUCAGCUCCCAGACUCUUUAUCCUUAGACAGCAGUCCCAAGAAAGUCUCCGCUUUAGUCUUAGAUUGGUUCAGACUCCUCCGCGGCAUCGAACCUGCGCAUCAGGAUUAUAAACAUAUAAUUCAAUCCGGACCGCUGAAACCGAUCUUCGAAUCUAAAGUAGAUUAUGGUACUGGUCCCAUCGAUGCGGAAAUAUCGUCUAAUCUAAAUGCGCUGUGUUUAGCGUUCAGUCAAAAUAGUACAGCUGCCGUUCGGCGUAUUUGUGUGGAUGCGAUUAAGGAGUUGAGGGUGGGGUUCGCGGGAGUGGGUGAGAGGAGGGAGAGUAGUUCGAGUUUGGGGUGGGUGGUUAAUGUUGAUGAGGAGUUCGUGGGGUUGCUUGAGGAAGAAAUCGAAGACAUAUUCCAUCUACCGCAGAAGAACAUCGACUGA